ACUUUAUUUGAGUAGCAGAACCUGUUAAGCGUGGUGGGAAUUUCUACUUUGAUUAUUUGGAAGUGGAAAAACAAACUAUGAACUAGGCCAGGUUAAGUAAAGAUUGCUUUGUAAGCAUGGCUACAAGGAAUGGGAAAGUCUAUUCCUCCCAAAGAUAUAGCCAACUUAUAUUGGUUGGAUUUUUCCAACUUCGAGUACAUGGUUCACUGUGUGAUGUAACAUUGACAGCAGAAGGAAAGUCAUUCAAGGCUCAUAGAGGGCUGCUGGCAUCCGCUUCUGAUUACUUCCGAGCCAUGUUUACUUCUGAGAUGAAAGAAAGUUUCAGUGAAGACAUAGAGUUACAUGGAGUGUCGUCCACUGGGUUGGAGCAAGUUUUAAGAUUCAUAUACUCCGGUGAAAUUGUUUUAUCACUUGAAAACAUUCAUGACAUAUUGGCUGCUGCAUCCCAUUUGCAAGUCACUGCAAUUAUGGACUUUUGUAAUGAGUUCCUUAUAUCUGAAGUAACACUUGAAAAUUGUGUUGAUAUCGGCCAUAUUGCCAACGCAUACAAUCUUGAAGCUGUUGAUCAUCAUGUUAACGUGUAUAUGUUGCAAAACUUUAAUCUUGUCAGUGACUUCAACAAAGUUCCAUUUGAUCGUCUCACAUUUCUAUUAUCAAGUAACACAUUAAAGGGCUGCAGUGAACUUCAACUAUUCAACGCAGCAAAACGUUGGAUCGAAGGAGAUGUUGACAAUCGUAUGAAACACGCUGCUGCUCUCAUGGAAAAUAUUCGAUUCCCUCUGGUUAACCCAACCGAUCUGAUAACACAUAUCCAGACAGUUGAUUUCAUGCGAACAGACAACGCAUGUAUGAGGUUACUGCUUGAAGCUUCAAACUAUCAGAUGGUGCCUUACAUGCAACCAAUACUACAAACACCACGUACAAGUAUCCGGAGCGAUGCAACCCAUCUUGUCACCCUUGGGGGUGUGUUACGUCAUCAACUGGAUGUGUCAAAGGAUCUUCGUGUUUAUGAUGAAAAAUCGAAACGUUGGAUCAAUCUCGCUCCCAUGGAAAACUCAAGAUACCAGCAUGGUAUUGCUGUGAUUGGAAACUUUCUAUUUGUGGUUGGUGGGCAGAGUAAUUAUGACACGAAAGGUAAAACAGCGGUGGAUACCGUGUUCCGAUACGACCCGAGGUAUAACAAGUGGAUACGUGUCAGAUCACUUAAUGAGAAACGGACAUUUUUCCACCUCAGUGCAAUUGAGGGGAAGUUAUAUGCUGUGGGGGGACGCAAUGCAGCUGGUGAACUAUCCACAGUAGAGUGCUACAACCCACAACACAAUGAAUGGGUGUUUGUAGAGAAAAUGCAAGAACCUCACUAUGGUCACGCUGGCACUGUGUACAACGGGCAGAUGUUUAUUUCUGGUGGAAUAACUCACGACUCGUUCCAGAAAAAACUUCUAUGUUACAAUCCCACCACUGAUAAGUGGGAACAGAGGAGCCCAAUGUCCACUGUGCGUGGUUUACAUUGCAUGACAACAGUACGUGAUCGGUUGUAUGUCAUUGGGGGCAAUCAUUUCAAAGGUACCACUGAUUACGAUGAUGUGUUAGAAUGUGAAUUCUACACAACUGAAACUGACCAAUGGUGUUGCGUGGCUCCCAUGUUAACUGGACAAAGUGAUGUUGGGAUUGCUGUGUACGAUGGCAAGGUUUAUGUGACAGGUGGUUACUCGUGGAACAACCGUUGCAUGGUCGACAUCGUACAAUGUUACGACCCUGAAGAAAACAAGUGGAUGAAAACCUUUUCCCUUCCUGCAGCAUUGGGUGGUAUUCGUGCUUGCACUCUCACAGUGUUGCCCAACUUUGCUAACAGCAAUGCUCAAUCAUCCAGCUCAUCAAGCAUGCCAAAACAUGAGCCGGACCCAUCAGGAGACAUGAUGCUCUCUGUCGAUCGGCCUGCUCCGUCUGCUCGACUGCCUAGGAGGCCACAGGCCCAAGCGGAUGCUGACAUUGGUGCACGACCGUUGCAAGACAGAUAAACUGCUGACAUACCGUUAAACUUAUAUUUAAUUCUUCAUAUUCGUUACAUCAGUGGAAAUAUUGUUGGCUUGAAAUGUUCUUUUGUAAUCAUGAUUUGAACUUUUAGUCCUUUUAAAUCACUUUGGUUAAUUAUAUGUAGAACAUGGUAUAUCUGUGUAGUACGGUGGGGUAAGAUGGGACGCGUUUCCAUUAUGUGGGGUAAGAUGGGACAUGUUUCCAUUAUGUCGGGUAAGAUGGGACACGUUUGUUUGGGAGGUGUUCUAUGGGGCAAGAUAGGAUACGUUCCCAUUUUUAUUAUCCUGUUUAGUGGUAAACUAAAAGUAUUUACAGAGUUCUAUAACUAUAAUCAUGCUACAAUAAAAAAAUGUUGAUAAUUUUUCAAAAAUUGAAUUUAGAAAUUAAAAAAAAGUUCGAUUUUAUUUUACCCCACAGUACUAUAUGUGUAUGUACUUAAAUACUUGUGUAAAUAUACAUCUCAUAAGCGUUUAAUCAUUGCACUCUCAUCCUUACUUACUUACAUGGCAAAUCUAAACAUUCCUACCGCAUGUACUGACCGUCGAUGCUCAUUCUUCUUUGAUGCAAAAAAACGACGUUAAAAAUCCUUAGCUGAUUCGUGUAAUUAAAACGGUCAGUUCAUAUUUUCUAGCCCUCAUUUUUCCCUGCACGAAAUAUUGCAUGUCUGGUCAAGUCAAAUGCCCGUUACAAAAGUGUUAAAAAGUUUAGGAUUUUUAAUCUUUAGGGUUGUUUUAUAAAAGCAAUGCUUAUUUUUUUCUGGUUUCAGCAAAAAAUGCGUCAAAUUAUGUUGCGUUAGAAGCAUUGUUAAAAUCAUCCACGUUGUUUUGGAUUUUCCUGUGGUGUUAUUUAUGUUGACGCAAUGUUUUGUGAAAUUGUAUAAAAAAUGAAAUACAAGUCUGCUUUAAAA